CGAUUUUACGAAAAGAACCUCAAAUAAUAAUACGCGUCUCUUCUCUUCUCUUCAGCUUUUAAUGACGUGAGUUUGCUUCCCAAACACAGCACAGAGAGAAGCGAAAGCGGAAAGCUUGUUGCUGGUGUUGUUCGUACGGCAGAAGCGAGGAGGGAGGAGGGAGAGAGAGCGAGCCAUGGCUGAGGAGCAUAAGGAGUCGGUGAUGGACAAGAUCUCGGACAAGCUCCACGGCCGCGGGGGCGGCUCCUCGUUGUUGUCGGACUCGGACGACGAGCGGACGUCGGCGACGGCCGCCGUGAAGGCCAGGAUCUACCGCCUCUUCGGCCGCGAGAAGCCCAUCCACUCCGUCCUCGGCGGCGGCCAGCGUAAGCCGAACCUUAAAGCUCUCUCCGAUCUCCACUUGUGGGCUGCCGAUCUGUUUCUGUGGAGGAAUAAGAGGAUCUCUGGCGGGGUGCUGGCAGGCGCCACGGCCAUCUGGCUGCUGUUUGAGGUCAUGGAGUACCACCUCCUAACCCUGCUAUGCCACUGCCUCAUCCUCACCCUGGCCAUCCUGUUCCUCUGGUCCAAUGCCUCCACUUUCAUCAACAAGUCUCCUCCUAACAUCCCUGAGGUGAGGAUCCCAGAGGACCUGGCUGUGAAUGUUGCACGUUCGCUGAGAUAUGAGAUCAACAGGGGCUUUGCUACCUUGAGGCAGAUUGGUCAAGGCCAUGACCUGAAGAAAUUUCUGAUUGUGAUUGCAGGACUGUGGAUUCUUUCUGCUCUUGGGAGCUGCUGCAACUUCCUUACCUUGUGCUAUAUAGUCUUUAUGGUACUGUACACUGUCCCGGUUCUGUAUGAGAAGUACGAGGAUAAGGUUGAUGCUUUUGGAGAGAAGGCUAUGAUCGAGUUGAAGAAGUAUUAUGCCAUUUUCGAUGAGAAAUGUCUAUCUAAGAUUCCGAAGGGUCCGUCGAAAGACAAGAAGCAGCAUUAGAGCAGUAGAACCAUAGAAGGCACUGCGCUGAUUUAUCAUCUCUGUUGAUUACUGCUUGUCGGUUUUGAAGGAUGGUUGUGAUUCCAUGUGACCAUGUCUUCGGUUGAUGGUAAAUGCCUACAUGACCGUGUUCUAGUGUGACCAGCUUACUCUAAAUCGUGCCCUGAAACUCCAUGUUUAACAUUGCUUCCUUGUUUGGAAGUUGGUGAUUCUUCAGUGUCUGUAAUAUAUGGUCGCGUUAUUACAUGACAUCGCUAGACUAUGAUGAAGCGGUUCUUGGUUA